AUGUCUUCAGGCAAGGCUGGGCGGAGGAGACGGUCGAGCAGUAUCAUUUAUCAGGAGCCUCCCGAGUCCAUCGAGCGGACCAGCGACCAGGCUGCCCUCCCCAAUCUGAAUGCGAAUUGGGUCAAUGCUAAGGGUGCCUGGACCAUUCACUUCGUCUUGAUCGUGGCUCUGAAGAUCCUCUUCGACAUUAUUCCUGGUGUCUCGCAAGAAACCUCCUGGACCCUCACCAACAUCAGCUAUAUGUUCGGCUCUUUCCUCAUGUUUCACUGGGUGCGGGGCAUCCCUUUCGAGUUCAACGCCGGGGCGUACGACAACCUCAACAUGUGGGAGCAGAUUGACAAUGGCGACCAAUACACUCCGACCAAGAAGUUCCUGCUCUGCGUGCCCAUCUGCCUUUUCCUUCUCAGCACGCAUUACACCCACUACGACCUGACGUAUUUCACCAUCAACUUCCUUGCUACGCUGGGGGUGGUCAUCCCGAAGUUGCCCUUUUCGCACCGUUUGCGAAUAGGCCUCUUCUCUGACAUCCCGGAGGAGUAG